UGUAAUUAGUCCAUGAAGUGGAGCUUUGUUGUCCAUCAACUCAAAACCGAUGCAUCCAACUACCACCACCACUGAUUACUCCAAAAGUCCAAACUCCCUUGUCCUUCCUCCUAGCCCUGGUUGCUCUUCCGAGCUCCCAUCCAUGGCUCAUUUCUUCCUCUUCCUCCUACUCAGCCAAAUCCUCCUUUGCGCGGCCGUUGACACCAUCAACUCCGCCACACCGUUGUCCGGGGCACAGAAGAUUGUGUCCAAGGGCAACAGGUUCACUUUGGGCUUCUAUACACCACCCCAAGGUAACACCACCUCGUCCAGCCCCAGCAACUACUACAUAGCCAUAUGGUACAGCAACAUACCGCAGGUGACGACCGUGUGGACGGCAAACACCGACAUGCCGGUGUCGGACCCGACCACCGCCUCCAUGACCAUCGGCAGCGACGGCAACCUUGUCCUUUUUGAUCAAUCAAAGAACCGGCAGCUAUGGUCGACCAACGUAAGCAUAGCCUCCAACUCCACCACCGCCGUCCUCAAGGACAGCGGCAGCCUCGACCUCACUGAUGCCAACAAUUCAUCAAUAGUUUAUUGGCGAAGCAUAGAUCAUCCAACAAACACAUGGCUUCCCGGGGGCAAGCUCGGGCUGAACAAGACCACUAAGGUCAGCCAGCGGCUUGUUCCGUGGAGGAACGAGGCCAAUCCGUCUCCUGGGCUGUUCUCACUGGAGCUGGACCCAAACGGCACAACACAGUACUUCAUCCAGUGGAAUGAUUCCAUAACUUACUGGACCAGUGGCCCAUGGAAUGGGAAUAUCUUUAGCCUUGUGCCGGAGAUGACGGCCGGUUACAACUACAACUUCCAGUUCAUCAACAACGUCAGAGAGAGCUACUUCAUCUACUCGAUGAAGGAUGACAAUAUCAUCUCACGGUUCAUCAUUGACGUGAGUGGGCAGAUCAAGCAGCUGACAUGGGUGGAGGCCUCGCAGCAGUGGAUCCUGUUCUGGUCUCAGCCACGGACACAGUGUGAGGUUUAUGCGUUCUGUGGCGCGUAUGGUAGCUGCAACCUCAAUGCCUUGCCGUUCUGCAACUGCAUCAUGGGGUUCAGUCAGAAGGUUCAGAGUGAUUGGGAGCUCCAGGAUUACAGUGGUGGGUGCAAGAGGAACGUACCACUGCAGUGCCAGACCAAUUCGAGCUCUGCACAAGCUCAACCUGACAAGUUCUAUUCCAUGGCAGGUGUGAGGCUACCUGAUAAUGCUCAGAUUGCCGUGGCUGUGAGCUCUCAGGACUGUCAGGUGGCUUGUCUGAACAAUUGCUCUUGUAAUGCUUACAGUUACAAUAGUAGUGGCUGCUUUGUUUGGCAUGGGGACCUCAUCAACCUCCAAGAACAAUACAGUGGAAAUGGAGGAGGCACACUCUUCCUCAGACUUUCAGCAUCUGAGCUGCAAGACUCGAAAAAGAAUAAGACGGUGAUCAUUGGUGCAGUUGUUGGUGGAGUUGCUGCAGUUUUGAUGAUCCUUGCUAUUGUGUUGUACAUCCGAUUUCAGAAAUACCGCCAAGAGCGGACUCUUCGGAUAUCCAAGACUACUGGGGGCACACUGAUCGCCUUUAGGUACAGUGAUCUGCAGCAUGUCACUAACAACUUCUCAGAGAGAUUGGGUGGAGGUGCCUUCGGCUCAGUGUUCAAAGGGAAGCUCCUAGAUUCAACUGCAAUUGCAGUGAAGAGACUCGACGGCGUUCACCAAGGUGAGAAGCAAUUCCGUGCUGAGGUAAGCACCAUUGGGACAAUCCAGCAUGUCAAUUUGGUCCGCCUACUAGGAUUCUGCUCUGAAGGAUCAAGGAGACUGCUUGUUUAUGAGUUCAUGCCAAAGGGCUCCCUGGACGUGCAGCUAUUCCCUGGUGAAACAACAGCAUUGAGCUGGGCUACCAGGUAUCAGAUUACACUUGGAACGGCAAGAGGCCUAAACUACCUGCAUGAAAAAUGCAGAGAUUGCAUUAUACACUGUGAUGUCAAGCCAGAGAACAUACUCUUGGAUGAGUCAUUUGUACCAAAAGUGGCUGAUUUUGGUCUAGCAAAGCUCUUAGGCAGGGACUUCAGCCGUGUAUUGACAACAAUGAGAGGAACAAGGGGUUACCUCGCACCCGAAUGGAUCAGUGGUGUGCCAAUAACACCAAAGGCAGAUGUCUUCAGCUAUGGCAUGAUGCUCUUCGAACUCAUAUCAGGCAGGAGAAAUGCUGAUCAUGGAGAAGAGGGGAGGUCCUCCUUCUUCCCAUCCUUGGCUGCAAGCAAACUUCUUGAAGGGGACGUGCGGACCCUGUUGGACCCCAGGCUGAAUGGAGAUGCAAAUGUUGAUGAACUCACAAGAGCUUGUAAAGUCGCAUGCUGGUGCAUCCAAGAUGAUGAAAGUGCUAGACCCACAACUGGUCAGAUUGUUCAAAUCCUGGAGGGCUUUCUUGAUGUUAACAUGCCUCCUGUUCCAAGGUCUUUGAGAGUUCUUGGUGAAAGCCCUGAUGUCAUAAACUUCUUUUCAGAUAUAUCUUCAAGUCAGACUUCCCAGACACAGAACAGCACAACAACUUCCCAGAUACACAGUGCUACUUCAGGCAGUUCACAGUUCCAAAGCUCAUAAAUCAGAUAAUCUGCAAUUUAUUAGGGCAAGACAUUUAUAUGCUUGAAGAGUACUAUUAGUGACUGAAGCUGUACAUACUUAGAACCUAGUAUGCUCAGCUUUUGCGUUGUGCUAUGUUUCAGUACUGUAGGCUUAGUGCAGAAUGUAAUAGCAAAUUUAAGAAAGGGACUACUGUUGCAUCUAGACAUGUAGGCUUACCCAUUUUCUUACUUGAUGUAAAAUACCAAGUUGAGUUUACCUGUUCACCAUACAUUGGAAUCUGCAUGAUAUAUGUGCUUAUGUUAUGUCUAGCAGCUACAGACUACACUUCCGUUU